AUGGCCGAAGUCAGCCCCAUGGCAGAGCUUCUGGGUCAGGCCAUCUAUCACUUUGAGGCCGUGAAGCCUUUGCUACCAACAUACGCACAUCUGCUGGUCUCUGCAAUCUUUCCGAUAUUUAUUGGAGCGCACGCCUCGCUGUCGAAACCCUCGUCUGCCGCCAAACCCUCCAAGCGUGACGACAACGGAGAUGAACAAGACACAGAAGACGACGAGGAGGAGGAGGAAGAGACACGCGGACCGGUCCAGAAGAUGGAAGGACUUGAGCCGUCCGAUGCGCUCAUGUUUCCUCUGACUGCGGGCCUGACACUGGGAGGACUAUACCUGGUGAUCAAGUGGCUGGAGGACCCUGCGAUUCUCAACAAAAUCCUGAGCUUUUACUUCUCGCAGAUGGGUCUUUUCUUCGCCAUAGCCUUCCUCCAGGACGCCCUGCAUGUAGUCAGGUCCUUUGUCUUUCCCCGGCGGUAUGCAUACGGCGGGAAGGUCUGGAAAGUGAGGCAGUCAGAACGCAUCUUUGCCGUCGUUGCACAGGGUUCUGAUGGGAGCGAAGCGCGGCGGUCGCCUCUUCCGGGCGUCUUCAGCUGUAUCCCUCUCCCGGAGAGUGUAUCACAGGGUAUCUGGGCUGUACGCCAGUUGGCAUACCGGCGGGUACAGUUUCAUGCUCAUGUGCGGGGGGUUGUGGAUGUCAAAUGCAUGAUCGGGCUGCUGGACGUUGCUAGUGGCCUCAUAGCCCUGUCGGCAGUUGGGUAUUUUGCCUUUGUGACAAAGCCGUGGUGGUUGACCAACUUCCUGGGUUUCUGCUUCUGCUACGGGGCUCUGCAGUUCAUGUCUCCCUCGACGUUCUGGACCGGAACACUCCUGCUGGGAUCCCUGUUUUUCUACGACAUCUAUUUCGUCUUCUUUACACCUCUCAUGGUCACGGUUGCGACCAAGCUCGAUGUGCCCAUCAAGCUCCUGUUCCCUCGUCCCCCAGCCGCGGGCCAGGCGCCUGAUGCCGUUUCUCUCGCCAUGCUUGGGCUGGGCGAUAUCGUCAUCCCAGGCAUGAUGAUCGGACUUGCUCUGCGGUUCGACCUGUUCAUGUACUACAAGCGCAAGGGGGAACAAAAAGCACAGGCAGAAGGUGCAGGAAACACCUCCGUCAAGCCUACGUACCAGUCUGCCACGGGUGCCUGGGGCGAGCGGUUCUGGGCCCGCCUGUCACAGCAGAAACCCCGCGAACCCGAGCUUGCACCCCCGUACUCCGAUGCGCGGGCGUUUUCUAAAAUCUACUUCAUCGCCAGCGUCGUAGGCUAUUGUAUCGGGAUGAUCGCGACCCUCAUUGCCAUGCAGAUAGCCAACCAUGCCCAGCCAGCCCUACUCUACCUAGUCCCCGGCGUUCUCAUCUCGCUCUGGGGAACCGCUUUGGUUCGCGGAGAGGUGCGUGAUAUGUGGGACUUCUCCGAUGCAGACGAGGAAGAAAAUGACGACGGGGCCGAGACGGAGACAAAAAAUGAUGUCUCCUCUGAAAAGGCUAAGGAUCACCGGAGCCUCCUCGCCCGUCUAUGGUCGGGAGAUAUCAAGUCAUUGGUGGUGAAGGAAGAUGGAAAGAAGGACGGUACCACCAGCGAGGAGAAGACCGUUCUUGCCCGUGAAGACUCUUCCGCCGACGAAGGCAAGGAGGAAGACCUCCUCUUCAUCAGGAUCUCCCUGCCGCGCAAACCGAAGAAGGAGAAAAAGCCCACGGAAGCCGCUGAACAGCCCUCGAGCGAAGAUGGAGAGGCCAUCCUGGCGUCGUUCCCUUCGGGCGAGAGAGACAGCGAGCCGCCGGCGAAGAGACGACGAAGAAGUCCUCGGAACAUGAAUGCAUGA